AAAGAAGCCCAUCUCUUUUCAACGACCCAGUGACGACCAACUACCAACGCCUUGAAACGGUGAAGCGGAAAGGAGAUAAUUUCAAUUCCUUUCCGCCGAGAAAAUCAAAUCCAACUUUUCCGGCACCGGAAAAACAUCCAAUUACGCCGGAAAAUGAAUUCCCGUUUCACAACUCUCUUUUUCCGAUCACUCAAAUCCAGUCACCGGAAUCACCACCACCACCACUUUCUCUUACCUCAAUUCUUCUCUUCCUCCGCCCCAACGCCUACCUCUACUUCUCCAUCUCAAACCCUAGAAGGCUUACGCCAUCGGUUAGCCGCCGAGUCACCGACGCUAGGCGACUUUAUAAGGCUGCAAUCGGAAAAUGAGUAUUCCGUUGAGGUAGGUACGAAGAAGAAACGGCUGCCGAAACCGAAAUGGAUGAAAGAAGCGAUCCCUGGUGGAGAGAAGUACACGCAGAUUAAGAAGAAAUUGAGGGAAUUGAAACUUCACACUGUUUGUGAAGAAGCGAAAUGCCCUAAUUUGGGAGAGUGUUGGUCAGGUGGUGAAACUGGUACUGCUACCGCUACUAUUAUGAUUCUCGGUGAUACUUGCACUCGAGGUUGCAGAUUCUGCAAUGUGAAGACAUCACGCACUCCGCCCCCUCCGGAUCCAAACGAACCUUCCAAUGUGGCCGAGGCCAUUGCUUCAUGGGGUCUGGAUUAUGUUGUUAUUACUAGUGUUGACCGUGAUGAUCUACCUGAUCAAGGAAGCGGUCAUUUUGCUGAGACAGUGCAGAAGUUGAAAACCUUGAAGCCAAAUAUGCUCAUAGAAGCACUUGUACCAGACUUUCGAGGAGACACUGGCUGUGUUGAGAAAGUUGCAAAAUCUGGAUUAGAUGUUUUCGCUCACAACAUUGAAACAGUUGAAGAGCUUCAGCGUGUAGUACGAGAUCAUCGUGCUAACUUCAAGCAGUCUAUGGAUGUUCUGAUGAUGGCAAAGGACUGUGCCCCUGCUGGUACGUUGACGAAGACGUCCGUAAUGUUGGGUUGUGGGGAAACACCUGACCAAGUUGUUAAAACAAUGGAGAAGGUGCGAGCAGCAGGGGUUGAUGUAAUGACAUUUGGUCAGUACAUGAGACCAACGAAGCGUCACAUGCCUGUAUCCGAAUACAUAACUCCUGAGGCCUUUGAGAACUAUCGAGUACUCGGCAUGGAAAUGGGCUUUCGGUAUGUGGCUUCUGGCCCCAUGGUUAGGUCCUCAUACAAGGCAGGUGAAUUCUAUAUUAAAUCCAUGAUAGAAUCUGAUCGUGCAGCAUCUUCGGUGUAAGCUUCUGGUCUUCAGAUAGUAUCUUCUCAGACCAUAGGCUUGAUGUCCACACACGAUUUUUUGCGAAUAAAAAGAAGGUUUGCCAUUUAACUCUUAUUCCUUUAUGGCAUGUUUCCUUAAAGAGAGUGGAGAACGAGGAAAUAUAUAGGUUUUGCAAGUCUGGUGAGAUUUAGCUUUUGCCCCAUAUAUACCCUAUUUAUGAAGUAUAAGUAGUAGUUGUAUAUCUACCUUACUGUAAAUCUGUUCCAUCUGUCACUAUUCUCAAGUUCUUUGUUGAAAUCGAUUAAAAUGGAAAAUCUAUACAAGGACUUCAUGC